AUGCCCUACGCGUGGCUGGCCGAGGCCAUCGACAACCGCAAGCUGCUGCUCGCCGGGUUCAUCAGCUCGACCGUCUCCGUCGUAUACUUCUUUGGGAUCUGCCGACUUCCCGUGGGUAUCGUGCGCCUAGAGCUGGUUGUCUGCUUUCGCGUCCUUGAAUGCAUCGGCGGCGGCACGACGAUGGCCUACAUCCUGCUUUAUUCCAGCCUGGCCAGGAAGAACCCCGUGGAGUCCCGCACCUUGGUCAUCUACAUCGCAGGUGCGGUCCUCCUGCUCGCGCGAGCCGGUGCCAUGGUGCUGGUCGGCCUGCUUCUGCAGGGGAACGCACCGAGCAUAGGGCCCAUAACCAUCCUUGUCUAUUUGACCAAUAUCCCCGUCCUUCUCUCGGGCGGGUCGUCCCGCCCCGCGAUCGCAAUGGGUCAGGGCCAGAGCUUGUGCGGAGACGCUGCCGAUGCGGAUGGCGGUGUCGCGCCUCUCGACGCGGCUGACGCCGCCUCGGAUGUCUCGUCUGUCACCGGCCUUGACCUAGACGGGCCUGGCGGCGACGACGACGGGUCCGUCUACAUCGAGCCGCCCUCCAGGAAAGGCAUCCUACUUCACAUCAAACACAUCCUCCUCACAGCUUACAACGAGUACCUCGGCCGCGCCGUCUUACGCACGGGUCUCUUCGUCUGCGCUACAAAGAUCGUCGCCCUGGAUGUGCAGUUCAUCCAGCCGCAGUGGUCCGUCAAGAAGUUCGACUGGAACUUCACGGCGACCUCGUACGUCAACGCCUAUGCCACGCUGAUAUGCAUGGUCGUACUUGUCUGCCUCCCGUUCUUGUCGGCGUCUCUGAGCGACCGCCUGGACAGCCCGCAGAGGACAGACAUCCUGAUCUUCCGCCUAAGUCUCUUCUUUAGGAUCGCCGGGACCGUCGCCAUGGGACUGGCACCGACGAAGCUGUCAUUCCUCGCCGCCGUUGGCGUGCAGGCGCUGUCUGCCGGCGCGUAUGAUGCUUUCAAGUCGCUCGUGACCAGCUUCAGUUCCGCUGCGCACGUUACCGAGCUAUACGCCGUCAUAAGCCUGAUCGAGACCUUGGCCCACAUGUUGUCUUGUCAGCUGUGGGCCAGCCUCUUGGUCCUGUCUCUGGGCCUGGAUCGCUCGAGAAUGGGCCUGCCGUUCUGGGUUAGUGGUUUUCUCAGCCUUCUCGCGCUUGCCACGUUCCAGGUGAUGGUCAGUCAAGCAACAGAGUUUCUGGCUCCUCGCUGCAUUGAAUAA